AUGGUCCCUUCUCCGAUAUGCAUGCGAUGCGGUGCUGAUGUUGAAACUUUUUUGCAUGUGCUGCAAGAGUGUAACCAGAUGGGGAAGGUUUGGAGUUCGCCGUUCUUCAAUCUUCGACCCAUGCGGCCACAAAGCUCGAUGUGGAACUGGAUUAGUCAUGCGAGGGCCUUUCUCCAGCGGGACAAGUUCCUCUUGGCACUUAUUAUUGCGUGGAAGGUCUGGGACGUAAGGAACAAAUUAAUGCAUGGCGAAGAGGCUAUGGAAGCGGAAUAUCUCAUCAAUCGGGGUCAAUCUUUUCUUAUCGAGUUCCAAAAGGCGAUGGUCUUGAUACCGAAAAUUCAAACGAGAUCCCUCUCAACGGCGUGGAGUCCUCCUCCUGAGGGCUGGAUUAAAAUCAACGUCGACGCAGCUUUGCCGAAAGGGAUGGUCUAUUACUCAGUUGCUAUGGUCGCACGUGAUUGGCGAGGUGGGUGUUGCAGAUGGGCGGUUCGUCGAUUUCCGGGGCAACCACAGUCGGUCGAAUGCGAGGCACAUGCAGUUUUUGAGGCAAUUUCUUGGGCAAGGACCAUUGACUGGAUCUCGAUAAUUAUCGAAGGAGAUUGCUUGCAGGUUAUUACUUCCCUCGAAGAAGGCGAGUCAUCAUUGUCGUCGUUCGGAGCUUAUAUCGAUGAAUGUUUGGCUAUAGCAGGUUCCUUUGUAUUUUGCGAUUUCUUGUUUGUUAAGCGUAGUGGAAACCAAUUGGCGCAUUUGUUCGCCACGAACAUUAGUUUAAGUUGCAGUGAUGGAACUCAUAUUCCUCAUAAUUUGGCUAUUAAUGUCUAA